CUCUCCGCAAAUGUGACAGGUACGGGGCGGGAUUAGGCACCUCAUCCACAGCAGCUGGCUUUACCUGUUACCUUCCUAAAUCUCUCUGCACCCACCCCCCCAAUGCUGUUCUCUCCCAGUGGCUCUCCCCCUAGAAGGAUGUCUGUCUGCUACCGUCCGCCUGGGAAUGAGACACUACUGAGCUGGAAAGGCUCGCGGGCCACCGGCACUGCCUUUCUACUGCUGGCGGCGUUGCUGGGACUGCCAGGCAAUGGCUUCGUUGUGUGGAGCUUGGCGGGCUGGCGGCCCACGGCGGGCCGGCCACUGGCGGCCACACUUGUGCUGCACCUGGCGCUGGCCGACGGCGCGGUGCUGCUGCUCACGCCGCUCUUUGUGGCUUUCCUCAGCCGAGAGGCUUGGCCCCUGGGCGAGGUGGGCUGCAAGGCGGUGUACUACGUGUGCGCGCUCAGCAUGUACGCCAGCGUGCUGCUCACCGGCCUGCUCAGCCUGCAGCGCUGCCUGGCUGUCACUCGGCCCUUCCUGGCCCCCCGACUGCGCAGCCCGGCCCUGGCCCGCCGCUUGCUGCUGGGGGUCUGGCUGGCCGCCCUGGUACUCGCCGUCCCGGCCGCGGUCUACCGCCACCUCUGGGGCGGUCGCGUGUGUCAGCUGUGCCACCCAACGCCAGUGCACGCAGCUGCUCAUCUGAGCCUGGAGACCCUGACUGCCUUCGUCUUGCCUUUUGGGACCGUGCUCGGCUGCUACAGCGUGACGCUGGCGCGGUUGCGGGGAGCGCGCUGGGGCUCGGGGCGACAAGGCACACGGGUGGGUCGUCUGGUGAGCGCCAUCGUGCUGGCCUUUGGCUUGCUCUGGGCUCCCUACCAUGCGGUCAAUCUCCUACAGGCGGUGGCCGCGCUCGCUCCGCCGGAAGGACCCCUGGCCAGGCUCGGCGGGGCGGGCCAGGCGGCGCGCGCUGGAACUACAGCCUUGGCUUUCUUCAGUUCCAGCGUCAACCCAGUGCUCUAUGUCUUCACUGCGGGAGAUUUGCUGCCGCGGGCCGGGCCUCGGUUCCUUACUCGACUCUUCGAGGGCUCUGGGGAGGCCCGAGGGGGCAGCCGCUCUAGGGAGGGUACCAUGGAGCUCCGAACCACUCCUAAGCUGAAAGUAAUGGGGCAGGGCAGGGGCAAUGGAGACCCCGGAGGCGGAGACGGGGGCAGGACGGAGAAAGACAGUCAGGAAUGGUAGACAAGACCCUAAACCCCACCUCGGGGCUCCCCUACCACUUUUCAUUGUGUUCUCAGAGCUCUGGAGUACUUGGGGACCCUUCUCUGAUUGUAGUUUGAGUUUGGCCGAAUAAGGAUUUCUCUAUCUGGACCUGACUCCUCCAAACCAUGGCAUUGUGAGGGUGACUGUGGCCUAUGUUCAAAAUUUGUGCUUACAGUACAGCCUGGAUUCGUGUACCAACACU